UUUGAAGCCACCUGUAGCGGAUCUCUAUCCUCCAAAGGAAAUAAACCUCCGAAAGCCACCGAGUUAACGGAACUAAAGCUCUUGACACGGAAGACGUCUUCUGUUUUCGUUUUUUUUUUGUGUUGCAUUAUCAAUAACUUUUAUUAUUAUUAUUAUUUGUAUGAACGACAUUUAAAUAGAGAACUAUGUUACUGACGCAUCGACUAUUCCUAUUAAUAUUAAUCUCGACUUCAGCUGUAAUAAGCACACCAGGUUCAUCUAGCACAGAUUCAACCGAUAAUUCGACAGACAGCCCAAUCAAUGCUACCUCUACUGCUACUGUUGCAGUAACAAGCAUUCCAUCUGAGAAUACAACUGCACCAUCCACAAACAAUGCCACCACCCUACUGCUGUCAACGCAUGCUGGUAAUGUCACAUCUCCACCUUUAUCUACUCAAGGCAACGUGACAAGCUUGUCUACAGUUGCACCAGAAGAUACUACCAGUUCAUCAGUGAGUACACCAGGAAAUGCCACAGCUUCACCUGCACCUGUAACAACAGCAGCAGCCAACUCCACAAGUCCACUUGUACCUACACCAGAGAAUGCUACAAACCAUCCUGUAACUUCACCAGGCAACGCCACAACUACUCCUUUACCUGAGCCAGGCAACAGCACAACCCUACCCCAAACUACAACAGGCAAUGACACUAAUCCUCCCAUUAGCACACCAAGCAACAGCACAGCUUCACCAAUUACAACACCAAGCAAUGCCACAAUUACAACACAGACUACAUCAGGUAAUGCUACAACAGCAAACAAUGCAACAACUCCACCCUUAACCACAGACAUUUCAAAUCUAACUACACCAGGGAAUAAUGCAACAGUAAAUGUUACCAUACCACCCCUAACUACACCAAUAAAUGCUACUGCACCACCUCCAACGACACCAGUAAAUGCUACUGCACCACCUCCAACUACACCAGGGAACAAUGCAACAGUAAUUGCUACCACACCACCCAUCACUACUCCAGUAAAUGCAACUACACCACCUUCAAACACAUCAGGGAACAAUGCAACAGUAAACGUUACCACCCCACCCAUAACUACACCAGUAAAUGCUACCACACCACCUCUAACUACACCUGUGAAUAAUACAAUAGUAAAUGUUACCACACCACCCAUGACUACACCAGUAAAUGUUACUAUGCCACCUUUAACUACACCAGAGAAUAAUGCAACAGCACAUGCUACCACACCACCCAUCACUACUCCAGUAAAUGCUACUACACCACUUCUAACUACACCAGGAAACAAUAUAACAGUAAACGCUACCACACCACCCAUCACUACUCCAGUAACUGCUACUACACCACCUCUAACUACACCAGGAAACACUACAACAGGGAAUGCCACCACACCACCCAUGACUACACCAGUAAAUGCUACUACACCACUUCUAACUACACCAGGAAACAAUGCAACAGGGAAUGCCACCACACCACCAGUAAAUGCUACAACACUACCCCUAACUACACCAGGGAACAAUGCAACAGUACACACUACCACACCACCCACCACACCACCAGUAAAUGCUACAACACCACCCCUAACUACACCAGGGAACAAUGCAACAGUACACACUACCACACCACCCAUCACUACUCCAGUAAAUGCUACCACUUCACCUCUAACUACACCAGGAAACAAUGCAACAGGGAAUGCCACCACACCACCCAUCACUACACCAGUAAAUGCUACAACACCACCCCUAACAACACCAGGGAACAAUGCAACAGUACACACUACCACACAAUCCAUAACUACACCAGCAAAUGCUACCACUCCACCUCUAACUACACCAGGAAACAAUGCAACAGGGAAUGCCACCACACCACCCAUCACUACACCAGUAAAUGCUACAACACCACCCCUAACUACACCAGGGAACAAUGCAACAGUAAACGCUACCACACCACCCAUAGCUACACCAGGAAAUACUACAACAGGGAAUGCUACGCCACCACCUCAGUCUACACCAGGAAAUGCUACUACACCACCCAUAACCAACUCAACGACUGGACCCACUGUUUCUACUACUAACCCAACUAACACUACAACCACGCCAGCUACCUGUCCUGCAGUGCCCUGCCCACCACUCAGUGUCUGUGUGAACUCCAUCUGUCAGUGUGUGACAGGAACUAUUCCUUUAAAUAAUGCCUGUGUGGAAACUAAAACCUUCCCUAGUACACUGCGGGUGAACCGCACUUUUGAAGAGGCUAUGAACAAUCCACAAUCACCCGAAUUCCAGAAAACUGCUAAAGAGAUCAUUGCUGCGGUAAAUGAAGUUCUGCGUAACCAGUCAAACUACAUUAACAGCACAGUAAUUAGGUUGAUGUCUGGCAGUAUAGUGGCCACAGUAAACAGUUUUUUUGAGCCCAAUUCUCCAGUCACACAGGAAUUGGUUACAUCUGCCAUGAAUACUGCUAUAAGUGAUUGUGAGAAGACAAACUGUGGCAUUCUUGCUAAUGCUCAAUACACUGCAACCAAUCUGUGUGAGCAAGAUCCUCCUCCUUGUGAUAUUAACACUACAUCGUGUGAGGCCAAAGAUGGGACAACUGAUUGUAUCUGCAAACCUGGCCAUAUAUCUAGUCUUUACCAGACCAGAAGCUGUAGAGUUUGCCCUAGCGGCUACAAAGCGCAGGCGGACACGUGUGUUCGAUGUCCAUUUGGCUAUUCUGGAUUUAACUGUGAUGACUCCUCUUUGUUGGCUCUAGUGGUGGUGGCGUGUGUGUUAGGGGGAAUUCUGCUCAUUGUGAUUUUGGCUGUACUCAUCUACAUCUGUGUGACUCGAAGCAAGAAGAAGUCAAGCAGCAAUUAUUACAACAGCCCGUACCCUGCUGAGGAGUUCCAGACCACGUGGCCCUCUCAGGACAUCGCCCAUAUUCCACGAGCUACUGUGACAUCUAGUUCCAGCAUUGAUGCCACUGGCAACAGUCUAGAGAUGUCUGAAGGGCCGGGCAAGAAAGGCCACAGUAAUGGAUUGUCGGGCUCGUAUGACCUCAGAACAGAUGGCAUGAGGACCUUUAAGGACAUAAACCCCACACGCUACUCUUAUCUGGUGGGUCAUGAAAACCCCUACUUCAUACAAGGAGAUGAGAAGAAAUGAGGAAAACAGCAGAGAAAGCCAGUGGACAAGAAAAGAGUGCAAUAGCGACAUGGAUUAUAAAAAGGCCUUGGAUCAAAAUGUUUCAGGAACAUUAACACUGUCAAAACCAUACAGCUGAUCACAGACUCAAAGUAUAUACUCAAACAGCAUUUGAGAGAUACGUUUAUAUAUAUAUAUAUAUAUAAACUUUUUACAGUUUUUAUUCCAAAUCCCUUUCACCCAGGAUAAAAUGCUCUUUUCUUAAAAGUACAUUGAUGAUUGGGUUUUUUCUAAAAAGGUUCCUGUGGCUCAGUGG